AUGUCUCUCCAUACCUCCUACCACGCCGACUCCGAUGCGGACGAUGAGUACGAACGCAGUGUCAUAACUUCACCUCACCUUCCCAUCGACUCGGAAUCUUCUCCCACGGACUCCGAUAUUCAUUCAACAGAACACACCCCGACCAAAUUUGGACAUCCGAUCGAUGGUCCUCGUUCACCGCGAACACUCAUCACGGAAUGGGGAGUUGAUGAAUGCAAUGAAUUUUUAACAUCACUUGGAUUGCUGCAGUAUCACGGAAUAUUUCGAGAGAAUGGGAUUGUCGGUGAAGCCCUGGUUGCCCUGAAGCAUGAUGAGCUGAAGGAAAUGGGCAUCAACAGUGUAGGACAUCGACUGACGAUUUUGAAAAGCGUGUAUGAAAUCAAAGUCAAGCAAGAUGUUCCUCUCGAUGCAGACCAUUAUAUCCCACUUACGGCGGACCAGAGUAUGAAUGAAACUGCUACACAAGAGGAUCUCGCGCGUUUAAUCAAAUCGAUCCAAGUUCGAGACGAAAAACUCAUGCUGGUUGAAACAGAGUUGCGCCGGAUCACAGACGAUUACCGACGAUUGCGCGAAGAAAUUCUACCAGUGAUCAAGAUGGUAAAAGAUCGGUCACAUCCAUUACCUCCACCCACUUCGCAUGGACAAUCAGAAAACUGGCACGACAGCUCGGCCACUCUCACGUCAACUCCCCAACCCACUAUCACCCAGGAAUCUUCAUCAUCUAAAAUUGCGCGGGCUUUCUCCAAGCGCAUCCAUCCUAACGGUAAUUCAUCCAAAAACAAUUCGCCAACUCACCCUCCACCUACGGGCUAUGAUGGACGCACUCAUCACGACACCCUUAAUCCGUCAGGCACUGCCUCAUCCCAUCUCACAGCCGGGUCGCAACUAUCGCCCGGAAUUCCUUCACCUACGUCGCCUCACCACCACCACGCUCACCCUCAAACCCUCAAUCCACGAUCAUACACCCAACCACUCUCCAGCGCGAAUCGCAACACAUCCUAUGAUUAUGCCGAACAGACGCCGACAAUACAUUCUAGAGACCGAUCCACUCCGAGUCAGCUUCCAGCAUCCCGCGCCGAGACACCAUCUACUGCAUCACGUCUUGACCCACGACUCGACAGGUCUGACUCACGGGGUGGUGGCGGCGGCGGAGGUGGAGGCGGCAGCGAAAACCCAAAUAGCGUGGAAAUCUUCAAAUCAUUUCGGGUCUCUUGGGAAGACCCAUGCUACAAGGUCCUACCGGCUGCUCUUAAGAAAUACAACAUCAACUCUGACUGGAAGAACUAUGCGCUUUACAUUGUUUAUGGAGAUCAAGAGCGUUGUCUGGAAUUGCAGGAAAAGCCCCUUCUCUUGUUCAAGCAGCUAGAAAAGGAAGGACGGAAGCCCAUGUUCAUGUUGCGAAAAAUCCACAUGGACAACCCUGCAGGCACUCCAGGGCCUGCAUUAGCGCCUAAUAGCGCUGGCUUCGAUGGUGGCCGACAAGGACAAAUCAAUCUUCCAGGCGGUGUGCUCUGA